UCACCAAACAAUAUAUUUAUAUUUUAUAUGUAAAAUGAUUACAUCCCUACAUUUUACAUGCAAUAAGUUUGCAUAUAAAUUUUUAAUGCGCAAACAACCAAACACCCCUAUGACUCAUUUAUAAUUAUAUAAUAACGAAGUCAAAUAUGGAAAGUAAAAACACCACGUGGAGCAACCUUGGACUAAACUCUAUGGCUAUAAAUUAAAAAUUAAAUUUUGAUUUUGAAUUUUUGCAGAAACCUUUAUACGAAUACAAAUUAUUCCCUCCCUCAAUUUUCAGUUUCCCCCCAAAACUAACCUCAUCCCCCCAAAAGCUAAAGCUUCCUCUUUUCCGAUCUGAACAAAAAACCUUAAGCUGCUCAUAUCCUUGAGGAUUUCUCCCAAUUCAGUCUAACCCUAACAAUCUUCCUUACAUCCUGAGCCGCCGAUUAGUUGCUCGUAUAGUCGCAGCUCGCUUCUCCAGUCCGACCAUCAUCCUCCUCCUCGCCGUCGCCCCGCAGUCGAUCUAGCCUCCAGCCUCGCGAGUUCCUAUCAUGACUCGCUCCAGGCUCUAGUCUCGCGAGCUCCAAUCGUUCCAGCCAGCAGUCGGCAAUUGCCUCCAGCCAGCAGUUCGCAUGUAUUCCCUGCUUCGGAGUUGGGAAAAGUCAAUGGAGCUUUCGCAAAUUGGUCAAGGACUUAGAGAUGGAGAUUAAGUCAUUCUGCUAGACAUAAUUGUCCUAGAUAAUUUUUGAUUUUUGUUAGUUUUCAGGCAUAAGAAAAUCUUAUGCUGAGAUGCCUGACGAUUACACAUAGAUAGAAGAUCUGCACGAAGAGCAAACAAAUUAUGGUGAGAGAGCACAGCAUUGAAUCAUUUUACACCAGGUUGCGGAAUUCUGCUUUGGCCUCUGCUUCUUCAACCCCUCUAUUAGUGUUCCCCUCCACCUCGGAUGUUGAUUCACUUUGUGCUCUAAAAAUCAUAGGCCAUGUGCUUGAAUUAGAUUCAGUCAGAUAUGCUUGUUAUCCUGUGUCAAGUUUUAAAGAGAUCCAUAAGUACACUGGGAGUGAUCUGGGAGGUUCAACUUCAGCUGAACCAAUCACUAUUUUGUUGAUAAACUGGGGAUGCCAAAGGGAUCUCCGGAAGAUUUUGGACAUAGGUCCUUUGACUCGAGUCUUUGUUGUUGAUAGUCACAGGCCUAUCCAUUUGCACAAUUUAUGCAAUGAGAAUGACAGGGUAAUCAUUCUCUACACCAAGGAUGAUGAACAACAGACAGAUUUAUCGUACGAUUUUGAUGUUUCAGCUUUGGCAAAUGCAAGUGAUUUGAACAGUGAUGAUGAAUUUGAAGAUGACUCUGAAAGUGAGAGUGACGAAGAUGAUGAUGACGAAGAUGAUAAUGAUGAUGUCGAAGGAACUCAGAAGAAGAAGAGGAGGGUUUCUGGAGAAAACGAAGGGGGUGAUGAUCCUGUCAAGCUUUUCAGGAAACUGAAAAAGGAAUACUAUUAUAUGGGCACAUUCCAUGGUAAACCAUCCGGAUGCUUAAUGUACGAACUCUCUCAUUUCUUAAGAAGAAACACAAAUGAGUUGCUUUGGUUAGCAUGUGUUGCUUUGACUGAUCAGUUUGUUCAUGAGAGGCUUACUGAUGAGAGAUACCAAGCUGGCGUUAUGGAACUUGAGCAACAUGUCAACAGCUCCGGCAACUUAGACUCAUCUGUUACCUCUGUCACCUUAAAGGACGGAACUAAGGUCUCGGCCCCAGAUUCAUCUAGAAUCUCAUAUGACGAUGAGCCAAGGCUAAUGUUGUUACAGGAGUGGAAUCUUUUUGACUCAAUGCUCUGUUCGUCCUACAUUGCUACCAAACUGAAGACUUGGAGUGACAAUGGUAUUAAAAAGAUGCAACUCCUUUUGGGGCGGAUGGGGUUCGCCCGUGACGAAUGUAAACAGAAGUUUGAGUAUAUGAGUGUGGAGAUCAAGAGGAGGAUGAAGGACAUGUUUGUCCAGUAUUUACCUGAAUUUGGACUAACUGACUUCUACUACCGCGGGUUUUUGUUACUGCAUGGGUACAGUUCAAAACUCUCUGCUGCUGAUGUCGUCUACGGAGUCACUGCCCUUUUAGAAGGUUCCAGUGCUUCUAGACAGUUUGGGGAGGCUUACGAUGCGCUGUCGUUUAAUAAUAUCGAUAAGCUGGAAAACGGGAUGAGGAAAGCGAUUAGGGUUCAAAGGGCGAUUCUUAGACAAGGAAGUGCAGCAAUAACCAAGAAAGGGUCAAUACGGAGUGGGAGUAAGUUCAGGUGGGUCAAACUUGAGGAUUCGGCAGACACAUCACUCUUAUGUCACCCUCAGGCGUUGACCAAGUUUGGGUAUUUCCUAAUGGACGCGUUACGUGAGAAGGGAGCUAGGAUGAAGCCAUUGAUAUGUGUUUGUUACAAUCAAGAAAGGGAGAAGGUUUUGAUUGUAGCUGUAUGUGGUAAGCCACGGCUUGGGGCAGUUCAAGGAAAUGGGUUCGGGAUUGCUUUUAGGGGUGCGGCAGAGGAGACAGGGGCCGAGUUCUUCCACGAACUGUUUGAGUCGUCGUGGAUAGUGUUGGAUGCAAUUGCAGUGAAUUCAUUUAUGAUCAGGCUUACAGAGAAGCUGUGGUGAUGGUUAUUAGAAAAACAGCCUUUGGAAUUUUAGGUUUCUUAUUGUGGUUGCAGCAGCUUGAAAGGUGGUUAAGCUGGAUGCGCCUGUCUGUAUGUUUUACUCUUAUCAUUAUCUUUAUUCUUAUUAUCUUGUAGUAGUGUACCGUUAGCCAAGAGUUUCUCGAUUUCAGUUCUAUAAGAUGUCGUGAUGAACUUUAACAUUAAUCAAUACACUUCGGAAUUCAGU